CCGUGGGUACCUUGGAAUGAAACAUGAUAAGGUUAUUUUACAAUAAAACAAAGCAAAAUAUACUGUAGAUGUAUAAAAAAUGAUCAAGCAUACAGAAAAAGUGAAGGACGUGGGGACCACUUUGAUACAAUUUUACAUUAAAGAUGCUAAAAGUACGUCAAUGUAGUGUUUACUGUAAGUUCAAGACGCUAAAAGUACGUCAAUAUCCUGUUUAUUGUACAUUACAGAUGGAACAAUAUGAUGUUUAAUACGUGACAAAGUCACAAGUUAGUCAAUGUAUUUGUUGUUUUGCUGAGCUGGUAAACAAAACAAACAUACCGGCUGAUGUAUCCGCUUUCCUGGGAGCAGCGUUAUGACAUCACGUGACCUUCUACGUCAUCACGCUUGGCUUUAAAAAGAGCUUGGCGUGAGCUUCAGCGGGAAUAGUGAAGACAGUGAAUGCUAACAAGUUGAAGCUACUACACGCAUCCUGACUAGUAGAGCUCUUCCAAGGCCAUCGUUGUAAAGAAAAAGCUGCAAGGACAUCUGAGUGGUUCCACAAGUCCAAGCAGCGAGUGAAGCGUGGCCAUGCAGGGCGUGAGAAGGUACGUGACAGAAGGUGUGGUCCAGAUGAGCAUCCUGCUAAGCUUGUGUGCUCUGAGCGCGGACGCGGCGUUGAAGUCGUACCUGCCCACCUCCUGGCACCACGUGCUUCUGGGUCCAACCUCAGGCCCGACCCAGAUGCACACCCACCAUCUUUGCAAGCGGCUGGCGCUGAAGAAGAGUGCCCACCUCGAUGGCUUCUUCACAGCUGGGAGGCUUCUUCUGGGUUGGGUACCAUCACUGGACACGUCACAGAUACACACACGGCUUGGCCAGCAAGAACCAGGAUCAGAACCACAACAGUGGAGAGAUGCUACAGACGUACACGCCCACGCAGGCUCCUCAUUGGACGACACCACAGCUGCUCCUGAGGAAGACGAGGAUGAGCAAGAGGCGUCCUCCUCCUUUCAAGAGUGUCUGAAGCUGUUGGAGGAAACGUUUCCUUUCACAAAAGACCAGCAGUUGUGCAAUGAUGGUGGAAGAGGGGUAAACCUGGAGCAACAGCCCCCAGCUAGAGAGCUUUUGUUGUCCCCCAUGAUGCCCACCUGUAACUCCUCCUUGGAAGCGGAGCUGCAAUGGCAGGAUGUGCUGGCUGUCAUCCAACCUGAUGACAACCUGGAUGAAAUGGAUGAGCCACCAGUGCUGCCCCCAAACUCCAACCAUGUGAGAGCAAAGAAUCCAAAGGAGAUGCACCUGCAACAUAAACAAGGUUUGGAACGCCCACCUACCCAUUUCAGAGCAGAAUGUCCACGGCUUCCACUCACCUGCAUCGCGGAUCUCGAUGACUGCGGCUCAGCUUUUAGAGCAGAGGAAAUCUCAUUUGAAAUGUUCACACAAAGAACUUCCCCCAACGCUGGUCUGACUGAAGAACCUUCAGAAGGCGUCCGUGUGGGACUAAACGCCAUGAAGAGUACCGUCAGCACACAUCUGCUCACAGAACAUCUUGAAAAGUGGCAAAGUUCACCGUCUUUGUGGUGCUGGGAACACGAUGGUAACAUUCCAGGUCAGACUCCCAGCUCAGAGAGACAUUUCAUCAACCAGGACAUUCUCUGCUCUCCCUCAAAUGGCUUUCUUGGUGAAGAUGAGGAUGAGGAUGUUCUCCCCAGCCCAUUAGGUGACAUCCUUCAGGAUGCUGCCAUCAUGGAGCAGAUGACCUUGUUUGCCAUGGCUAUGGAGGAAACCUUCAGUCCUGAGAUGGCGGCUGGGGUAGAAAAUACCUCCCUUGGCCAGGAAGCAGGUCACUUAGGGCACGGUUCAGCCGUGAGGAAGGAGGGAGGUGAUGCAGCAGCAAAGGAACAGGGGGAACCCAAGAAUGAUCUCCAAGACUCUGACAAUGAAGCAGACUCAGAUUCUGGACUUUCUCUGGACUUCAGCCAUGGCCUUUCUUCUCCAUCUACAUCAGAAUCAUCUUAUUCUUCCUCCUCUGGUGCUUCCACUGUGAGAAGUCCCUCCUCCGAGGACAGGGAGGAAGAAGACGAGUUAUUGGCAUCACGUAUGGAAGUCGGGGUGACUAUAAAACAGGAAGAUCUGCAAGUGGAGGAGAUGGGAGAGGAACACUUUCUUCCCGUCUCUUGGGAUCACCAGUGUUUUAGUAGCUUGUCAUGGCUGGAGAACAUCCUCCACGAUCAUUCGUACAACAAGCCCUGGUCCAGGACGCCCUCCCCUUUCAUGUCCAGCAUGACCACCAAACACACGUCUCCACAACACAGCAGCGACAGGACUUCCAAGCGCUCCUCUUUCAGACACGCGUCUGAAACGGGGAUUAGGAACCGGGAUGAGAAGCGUGCACAAACCCAGAAGAUACCUUUCUCAAACGAGCUCAUUGUUCAUUUGCCAGUGGAGGAGUUCAAUGAGCUUUUGGAAAAUUACAGACUCAGCAAGGAGCAGCUCGCCCUGGUCAAGGACAUCAGACGGCGUGGAAAGAACAAGAUCGCUGCCCAGAACUGCCGCAGGAGGAAAAUGGAUACGUUGCUUGGUCUCGAGGAAGAGGUGUCACGAUUGAGGCGCCAUCGUUUAAGGUUGCGGAGGGAAAAUCAAGAAGCUCUGAGGAAGCUCCGGGAAAGCAAGCGUCACCUCACAGUGUUGUACCACAGCGUCUUUUCCAGGCUGAAGGACGAGGAGGGAAGGCCCCUUGAUGCUACGCAGCACGUGCUGUCUUUCCAGCCAAACGGCGUUCGAGUAGCAGCACGACAACAGGAGGCGGGGCUGGCAACGGCGAGUAAAACCACCAGCAGGAAACAAAGGAACAAAAAGAAAUGAAAAUGCCAAAUUAUGUGAUAUGUUUUCGUGAGAAGGGAUCAGUAGGACACGCUUUUCUGGAUUUUCAAUUUUUUUGUGAAGAAAUUGUCUGGCAGAUGUCAAAGUCCAGAGCUGGACCUCCGCUCAUCAAGCAGGAAAGUAUUCCAUCUUGUAGCACACCACACUUGGCUAGUGAGUGCACAGAGUGCUGCUGCACAGCUCUGCCCCGCCUCUCCCCACUUCAUUCAUUCACCUAUGGAACCAACACACAUGCACAGAGUGAACCCUCUUGUCAUCCAACACACAUGCACGUUGUCAAUAGAGCCAGCCUGGCAAAAUUAUAGAGUUCUUUUUUUAAUUUAUCCAUUAUUUUCUAUGCUGCUUCUCCUCAUUAGGGUCGUGGGGGUAUGCUGGAGCCUAUCCAGUGUGCCGUUGAUUGAUUUAUUAUCAUGGCAGGUCUAAAAGCUAGCUAUUAGCUUUGUUAGCAUUUCCACUUUGUUGCCAGUCUGUCUGUGGCUUAAAAAUAGUUUAAAAAGCAAAAACCACAAGCGGGUGUAAAAUGCCAAGCAUUUAAUGUCCAUUGGGUUUUUUCUAGUUGCUUUAUCCAUCUUUUGGGUGUGUCUAAUGUACGGCAAAACAAAACAACAUAUGCAUAGUUAGGAAAAUUAAAAACUUUAUUGCUGAAAACCUUCCCAUGUAGACACUGCAAAGACAUGCAACACAACAGAUGCCAGCUCAGUGACUGCAGAAAAGCUUUGAGACGAGACAAAAGCAGUCAGGAUGGACUACUGAGACGUAAUACUGAUAUACAAACACUAGCAAAUCAUAAUUGGGGAAAAAGUGAAUCAGUUCAGAGUGAACAGUCCAAAUGCUGGAACUUUUAAAAACACCUUUUUAGCAUUCCUGCUUGCUGUUACACUUGUCCACGGUCCCUAUUUCACUGGGAUAUGCUCAUGUCCCGUAUGGUAUGUACACUGACAACUCUACCACAAACACACGGGUGCACAACAACCCCCCAAUGACAUUUUGAAUGCAGUACAGUAUGUUGUUUGAGUCAUCGUGAUGUUUAUUGGAGCUUUAUCAAGCAGCAAAGCAAACAAAGCAGUGAGAUGCAAACAUUUGCAUGCAUUCAUCAGUGGAACCCGUUUACCUCGGACACGCCCAACACCGGCUGCUAACCAUUGAUGGCUCUUUUACUUGACUUUUGCCAGACUGAGAAUGUUGACGUUAGGCCCGUCCCUCUUACACCAGCUACAGUAUAAAACGGGCAAACGUGACGUUCUGAUUUUCGACGUAGACCGGCCACACAGGUUCUUUGUAAUGUCUAACAAUCGCUUAUGUUUUUUAGAUUGCAAUACAAGCUUACACACAGCAUACGUCUAACUCAUCUGUACGGCCAACGUGCGUUUUGCUGGUGUCAGAUUUGGGCAAAUUGUCCCUUUUUUUGUACGUCACACUCCUCCCCAGGUCGUGCAUCCCACAUAUGUAAUUAGUGUGUUGGGAUAUUUCAUACAUCCUCCAUACGUGUGGCGAUCUUAUCCUUCACGGUCACCACAACCAUGUGCUCCAUGAAUGAACAAAACCCAAGAUGGUAUGUCUGGUUUUGUUGACGUUUGUAUUUAGAUUCUUGUGUUUUCAUGAUCUAAACACAGCUGCUGUGUUCAUUUCGUAUCCUAUCCAUGCUUUUAUUGUGAAGCUUAGUUUGCCCGAAAUGGGACAUCCUGUGUGUAACUUGACAGUCGGGUUGUUUGGGUUUUUUACUAAUAAAUAUUAAGACCGACCAGGUCUUAAUACAUAAGCGGGAGCCACUGUAAACAACCUCACAUGACCCACUUUGUGUGUUGCGAUGGUUCAGCAUUAAGUGGAUCGCCAAUUCAAUGACCUUUUUAUUCACAAUCUUGCCAAAAAGACAUACCGAGUCAAUAAGUCGUGGGUGUCCAAAGUGGGUCCCUGGGGCCUUUAAAAAAACAAACAAAAAAAAACUGGCCCUUGGCCUACUGUAAAAUGCGAAUAUAUUGAUUAUUAAUGAUGAUUAGCUCUGUCAGCUAGAAGACAAAGCUAAGGUGGUGUUCAGCUACAUUGGAUGAAAUAAAUCCUCCACUUUUAUGGACGCUGGAAAGAGUUUGGACAGCCCUGCAGCGAGUGAAUCGUACGUACAUUCCACAGCUUGGCUACUUUAGCAUGCGCUCUAGUCCCCCCCCCCCCCCCCAUUUUGACACUUAUUUGUAUUUUCUACAGUGGCUUCAAAAGGCCUCUAAGUAUUAUUUGAGCCCAGUAUCAUAAAAACAAAAGAGUUGAAAGGCUGAGUAUAAAAGACAAUAUCAAUCACACACAGAUGAAAUUACAAAUGUUCAACCUGUUCUACUUACGCAAAACUGCACCAAAUGUUGGAAAAGAAAGUGAAUCCGAAGGAGGUACCCUUGGGCAAGGUACUGAGCCCCCCAUGGGUCGUCGUUAGGUGCCAAAGCGUGACUUCUAUACAAGUGAAAUGCUGUUUACGCUUUCAUCACGUGAACCAGCAGCAGAAUAAAUCAAGUGUAAUCUUUACCAACGUGCAAGUAUGUUUGUUUACUUUGCUGUAGCUGGGAAUAUUCAGCAUCAGCACACCCGACUGCUGUCAAAGACGUUGGGACACCGAGAGGACUUACAUUCAUCUUCAAAAAACGUUUUUAUUAGAUGAAACCAUUAACACGGGGCCUCUGCAGCCUUUCCCCCCCUAAACAACUACUGGAAAUUAAACAAGCUAAAAAUCUUCUACAGGAUGGGAAAUAAGUAUCCCCCACCCCCACCCCACCCCCAGUUUGGUUGUGUGUCCAUCAAACACACAAAAUGAGCCCUGUCGCUUUAAGAAGAACUUCUGAUCGCAUAAAUCUCAUAAAAGACACUCUUCCGUUCAAACCUCCCCCCCACCAAGGGCAAGACCCGAAACACCACAGCAGACCAGCACCAGACUGGAAUGGACUACAGGCUGAUAGAAUCACUCAAACAUGCAAAACAGAACAGUUUUGUAUUAGGAGUUUUUUUUAAAACAAACAUAUGACAAUUCUGGACUGUUUAGGGCUUUUGGGGUGGGGGGGUAUGAAAUACUUAUUUCCCCGACUGCAUGUUGAGAACCCAGCAGGUAAAUAUGAUUGUGUUUACAGCACAGUACACAGUAGAGUGAUGCUUCAAUGCAUGAUGUGACAAACAACAUGAGCUUUACGUUAAGGUUAAGUCAUAAAAACUGUCUGGAAUGACACCCCCCCCCCACACACACACAGAUGAAUACACAUUUGAGACAUUGUUACUGAGGACAUCACGGCCAAAGCGCCUGAUGAUGCCAAUCUACCACUAGAUGGUGAGAAACAACGCAGGGCAGAGGAACACACGCUCAGCUUCAACUUGGACUCCUGCAGCCAAUGUGAAAAAAUUGCAAAAAUACAUUUUCACACACACGACUCAUGUCAUGAGCUGAGCUUAGCACAAACGUCUGCGUGUACUCCACAGCACCCCACGCUCAACCACGUUGGAAAUGUAAAUCAAUUGAAGUUUGCUUAGUGAGCACACCUUUAACAAAAAUCAUUUUUGGUCAUAUUAAAAAAUAGGAGUAUCUUUUGAUAAACGCAUCCUCACAGAACAGGAAACCAAACGCUGGACGUCUAGCAGCGACGGUAGCAGUGAAACACCUCAUGCCUCCUGCUGCUACAGUGGCUGCUAGAGGGGACUAACCUCUAACAUCUACUGCCUGGACCACGUCUCUAGUCUUUCUUCUCCUCCUCCUUCUUCUCCUCUUCUUCUGUGGGAUAGGAGUGCCAGGUGAGUCGCUCCUCGUAGAAAGAGAUGACCACCUGGGGACAAAUGACGUUGGCUUCUUUGGCAGGGACGAGGUCGGCCUCGUCGGAGUUCUUCCUGUUAAUUGAAGAGAAAAGAGGAGGUGAGAGAGUGAGUCCACCAUUGUGUCAUCUCCACAUUUGUUCCACUGCAACACCUGAGUAGCUGAUCAAUAAGGUGACUGUCAAAUCACUUUCAUGACAUCAAGGCUAGAAAUGCAAAGCUCCUCCUGGCUGAUCCCAGGCCAGUUGAGUCUCUCCAACAUGUCCUGGGUCUUCCCCUACAGUACCCUGAACCCCUCCCCAGGGAGGCAUCCUGACCAGAUGCCCAAGCCACCUCACCUGGCUGCUCAAUGUGGAGGAGCAGCAGAUGACAGUGCUUCUCAUCUCUCAGGGACAGCCCAGCCACCCUUCAGAGAAAACCCAUCGAGUUAAGACUUGGAGGUGCCGAUUGUCAUCCCAGCAGCUUCACACUGGCGCGAAUCGAUGCAGUGAGAGCUGAAGCUCACAGCCUGAUGAAGCCAACAGGACCACAUCUUCUGCAAAAAGCAGAGACCCAAUCCUGCGGCCAGCAAACCGGAUCUCAGGAAUGCCCUGGCUGUGCCAAGAUUAAACCCCCUGAAGGCUUGUCCUCUCCACAACCCCUGACUAGACCUCACCAGGAAUGACAAGUGUGAUUCCACAAUGGUUGGAACACAUCCUCCAGUCCCCCUUCUUAAAAAGGUGGGCCACCACCCGGGUCUGCCAAUCCAGAGGCAUCAGCCCUGAUGUUCACGUGAUGCACAGGGUCGUGUCAGCCAAGACACAGCAUCUGGGGCUUUAAGGAACUCCAGGUGGAUCUCAUCCACCCUGGGGCCCUGCCACCGAGGAUCUUUUUGACCACCUCAACAACCUCAUCCCCAAGCCCACCAUGGAGUCCCCAGGCACCGCUUCCUCAUUGGAAGACGUGUGGCUGGGAUUGGGGAGGUCUGCCAAUGAUUCUUUCCACUGACCCACAACAUCUCCAGUCGAGGUCACGGUGUUGACAGUGUACUGCUUUCCCCUCCUGAAGGCAAACCGUGGUCCACAAUCUCUUCAAAGCUGUCUGGAAGUUCUACAUGGCUCUAAGCCGGGGGCCAACCCACCCUUGACCUUGGCAAGGUGGUGGUUCCAGAGCCCUUGCAUGCGUUGACGUUAGUCGAACUACAGCUGCUGGACUUUUAUCAACUGCAAAGAAAGUCUCACCAUUUCAUCAGGAACAUGAGUUCACCACUGGAGUCUGUUGCACCAAUAAUUCUUUCUGGUUGCAGGCCUCUUCUAAAGCCUCUGACCUUCUCACCCUGGAGACGAUAGAAGCAACAAAGACUUUUACCGUUGCGCUUCACACAGGAAGCAACCAUGAAAAACUACGAGGAGUGAAUAACUAAUUAGAACGACAUUAGAAAUAAUCACUGGUCAAUGAGUGUCUUACAUCCUCCUUCUUCCUCUUGCUCGCUUUCUCCUCAGGUGUUCCUGCAGCCUCAGCUGCUUUCCUCUUGCCCUCCUUCUUUUUCUCCUCCUUCUCUCUGUACUUUUGCAUGAACUCUGCAAUAAGGUCGGGGCAGUCCAAAUUCUCCUCUGGCUCCCACGUGUUGUCCUCACUGGGCAAACCAAACACGGAUUUAGUUACAAUCGUCUUUCAUGCAAAGUGAAGGCAUUUGGGAAAUAUCCGCGUGCUGUACAAGUGUGCCUUUCAAAGAACACAACAGUUUCUUCUGCAUAUAUUCAUCUUUCUACAACCAUUACUCACUUUGAGAAGCCCUUCCAUUUCAGCAAAAACUCCGCUUUGCCCUUCACCACUCUACGGUCCAACACCUUUUCUACCACAUACUCCUCCUCUUCCUCCUCCUCCUGCGAUGCUGUUGCUUCUGUAGCUGGUGCAGGCGCUUCAGGAACGACAGGCUGCUGCUGCUGCUCCUCCUCCUCCUCAUUGCCCUUUUUCACUGCGACAGCCGCCAGCUUGACGUGAAGAGGAAAAGCCUACAGCGGUACAAAUAAACAAGACAACAGUUUUAGUUAGCAUCUUUCAACAUAUCAACAUUUACAGCUUAUAGGGGGGGGGGGCAUAGCCAACUGAAGAGAAACUUAUAUGUUAUAUUAUAUUACACUACACUUGUUGCUCUCUUUUGUCCCUUUUGAGUGUUUUUCCUGGUAUACCAUCAUCCCUCACGGUUUCACUCUGUCUUUCAAAAAUAUAAUCAAUCACGCUGUUUUGUGGUUGAAUACGGCCAAUUUGUAGUAUUCAACCCUGGCCCCUAGGUGUCAGUAUUGUUACUGUAAUGUUUGGUGAGACAGCAGGCUUUUAUUGCUGGUUGGAAUGAUCACAACAACUCCUAAUAAAAAUCCAGAUUAAAAACACAGGCUACCCACCCCAACCUGAAACUCAACAGAACCCCUGACAACAUUUCCUGUCUGCCCCUCACUCAUCUCACCCAGAGAACACGUUUAUAGUAACGCACGUCUUGUUGAUGGCCCUUUUUCCUUUAUGGCUACUAUAUUAGGUAAUACGAGUGUGAAGGUGACUACAGGGGUGUAACUUCAUGUCUAGGGCUCUAAUAAUGUUUAAAACCCUAUAAACAGCGAUAAACGAGGUAUUACUAUAAUUUUUGUCUACAAUGUGCCCUGGGCCAAUAAAAAAACAACCAUGUGACGCACACGACCUCUGGGUCACACUUUGGACACCCCUGCUUUUAAAGCUCAUUGUCAGGGUUGAGCGCAUGAAGUGACACCAGCUGUGUCAGCAACCUACAACUCUCGUAGACCAUUGGGCUCGUUAGCUUCCUUCGCUGUGAGCAAACAGUAGUAAUUAAAGAGAGAUGGGGAGUGUUGUUGCAGCUAAAACUACCCUGACGUCACACACCCAAAACAAUUGUAGCCUGUUACACCUGUGCCUGUUAGGCACUCAGUAAUAAUUCAAUCAAUAACAAUCAAUGCAAACAGUCAUUGUAAAAUCUACUUGUAAUACAUAUUUAUGCACUAAGCUAACAAGUUAAUAAAACAUUAUCCUAUGCCACAAUUAUUCAAGUGUAUUGUAGCUGUAGCCUGUUAGCUUGCUACAAUUA